UUAAGGAUAUAAUGAAUUAAGUAAAAAAUAAUAAAAUGGCACCAUACGUAAAAAAGAAGAGUAGAAAAUCAAUAUAUGACGUUCAAUGCAUAGAGCAUAAAUAAAUGAAAUAAAAGAAAAAUUAGAUAGAUCUGCCUUACCGAAACACAU